ACACUGCAUUUUUCUGGCCUGCAGUGUUAACCAAAAGAAAAAGAGUUCGAGGUCAGAGUCUCCUUGCUGGCCUGCCGGUAGGUUCAGUUGACAUGUAAAGUUAGUGUCCACCAGUCAUCAGUCUGUGACCUCAGGGGCCGGCUAAUGCAAACUCCAGCUGAAAUUAGCCACUUCCUCUGUGGACGUGAUGGGGCAACAGCAGCUCUGGUGAACACAAAGAAGAUGUGGUGGCAUUGACCGGCUUCUUUUAAGAGCAAAGAAGAAGAGAGGAUCGGGAUAUUUCAGUGAAAGAAACAAAAGGGAUGGAGUGAUGAAGGAGAGCAAGCGUGGAUCAUGAGCAGACAAGGUUAAGAGUGGGAGACACAGAAAGAGUAGAGAGGAAAGAAUGUAAAGGAAAGGACACAAGAAAGAAGAAGAGGGCAAAGAUUGGGAACUAAAACAGGAGUCCGGUGUAGGAUAAGGUAGAGGGAGAGCUGUAAAAAUAGAGAGAUAUUGUAUGUGGGUACUAACAAAGCAGAAAGUGCGAGAGAGGAAGUUGAGGAGAAAAUUAGAGGGAAGAGAAAACCUGCAUGGGGCAGGCUGUAAGAGGGAGGUAGAGUUGUAAACACAAGGGUGGAAAGGCAGCGGAGAAUCAUUGCCACUUGAUGGAAAGCUGGAUAGCAGCGAGUGGAAGUGCCAUGGGAUGGAGAAGAAACUUCAGUCUGAGCAAAGGAGAAAGAAAUAGAAGCAUGUUAUCACCCGCACCAUGAGGGCUUCAAAGAUUGAGGCUAAGGAGGCUUGUGAUUGGCUCAGAGCGGCGGGAUUUCCACAGUAUGCCCAGCUCUAUGAAGAUUCCCAGUUUCCCAUUGAUAUUUCCUCAGUGAAAAGGGACCACGACUUUUUGGACCGGGAUCUGGUGGAGCCUCUGUGUCGACGUCUAAAUACUCUGAACAAAUGUGCCUCCAUGAAACUGGAUGUCAGCCACCCCAAGAAGAAAGGCGAUGACUCUGAUGAAGAUGACCCACUGGCCAUCAGUAAAAGAUGGACGUUCGAGUGGAGCAGCAGGCGUUGGUCUCGUCUACAAGACUUCCUGUUGGACAGCACCAAUGAAAGCAGCCCAACAGGUCAGGGGGAGGGACUGCACAGCACAGUGAGCAGUGAGAGUGUGCUGACUGACCUGAGCGAGCAGGAGAUCACGGAAAUCUCCUCGCUGCACAGCGAGGACUCUGCUUCCGCCAUGCCCGACUCUAUAUCUAUGGCCUCCCUCUCCGCCUCCUACCAGCCACCCAGGGAACUUCCACACUACAACUCCCUGCCAAUUAAGAGCAGUCGCCACGGGCAGGGAGGGCGGAGUAAAGCCAAGGAGUUUUUGCGUCGCAUGGAAAUGAUGCGCACGUGGGGGCCGUCGACGAGGCGGAAAAGCUCAAACCGCAGGCCACCGCUGGUCAUCAGUGGGCCGGUGCUACAGGGGGAAGAGCCUCAGGCACUGCAGAUGCUCCAGUGUACUCCCAUCAGCCAAUUAGAACACAGCCCUAAACACAACCACCAGACUGAUGGUGACACUUCCCCUGUCUUUCUUACCAAUGACUGUAAAGACCAAUCCACGGUGAGUGUGAGCCCCAGCAGUGAGACAGUAGUGGCGCCGAGAGUGAAGGAGCCUGCAUGUACGAAACCCCGCACUGCCAACAAGAGAAGCAGCAUGUAUCUGGAAGAUAUGGAGCUGCCUUCUCAGGGUAAAAGGACUGAGGGGCAGAGCCAGUUUGGCAGAAACCAGUUUCACUCAUAUGAAAACCUCCUUGUUCACAUCCCCAAAGACCAUAAACCAGGCACCUUUCCCAAAGCUCUGUCCAUAGAGAGCCUGGCGCCUUCCCCUGAAGACAGGAACAAUGGCCUCCAGACACGGGCCCAAACGUCUCCACCUAAAAAUGGUCUGGGUGAGCCUUGGUCUGGUAAACCUUUGUCCAAGCCCCCCUGUCCUGGAGCUCCUCGGGGCAGCAGGGUGAGUGUUUACGACAACGUACCAGGCUCCCACCUUUACGCCAGCACGGGAGACCUGCUGGACUUGGAGAAAGAAGACAAUCUGUUCCCUCACCUGGACGACAUCAUCCAGCACGUCAGCGGAUUGCAGCAAAUAGUGGACCACUGGAGCCGCAGUGUGCUGCCUGAGGGUGAGACAGGGGAGGGGGAGGAGGAAGGGGAGGGCAGGACCACCCCCAGUGAAGGCGAGAGAGACGGCGUCUCCUUGAACGACACUGAUUCAACAGGGACCAGUCGGGAGAGGCGGGACUCUGGAGUUGGAGCCUCACUGACAAGACCACGUCUACGAUGGCCCAGUUUCAGAACCUCCGAUCAUCUCAACCAGCCGGCAUCUUCGUUACAGAUCAGCAGCCAAUCAGCGGGCCAGCUCAGCCUGCUGCAGAAGUUCUCUUUGCUCCGCCUCACAGCCAUCAUGGAGAAAUACUCCAUGUCUAAUAAACAUGGCUGGACAUGGUCUGUGCCCAAGUUUAUGAAGCGCAUGAAGGUGCCAGACUACAAAGAAAAGAGUGUGUUUGGUGUUCCCCUCAUCAUUCAUGUCCAGCGCUGUGGUUUUCCGCUCCCUCUGUGUUUACAGCAAGCCCUCAGCCACCUCAGAACACACUGUCUGGACCAGGUGGGAUUGUUCCGCAAGUCCGGUGUGAAGUCUCGUAUUCAGGCUUUGAGGCAGCAGUGUGAGCUGUCACCUGACUCUGUGACUUACGAGGACCAGUCAGCUUAUGAUGUGGCUGAUAUGGUCAAACAGUUCUUCAGGGACUUGCCGGAGCCUCUGCUAACAAGCAAGCUGGGGGAAACCUUCCUGCAUAUUUACCAGUAUGUCCCAAAGGAACAGAGGCUGCAGGCGGUCAGAGCGGCCAUUUUGUUGAUGCCGGAUGAAAACAGGGAGGUUCUGCAGACGUUGCUCUACUUCCUGCGCGAUGUCACUUCCUUGGUGGAGGAGAACCAGAUGACUCCGAUGAACCUGGCUGUUUGUCUGGGACCUUCGCUUUUCCACCUCAGCAUACUGAAGAACGAGACACUGUCACCGAGGUCAAUCCAGAGGAAGUACACCACAGGCCGCCCCGAUCAGAAGGACCUGAAUGAGAACCUGGCUGCCACGCAGGGUCUGUCCCACAUGAUCACAGAGUGCCAGCGUCUCUUUCAGAUCCCAGAGGAAAUGGUGACCCAGUCUCGCAACUCCUACAUGGAGGCUGAGUUGAUGGUGCCCCCGCUGGACGAGCUGUGCAAGGCUCACGAGGAGGAAGUGGACGAGGAUGAAGAAGAAGUGGACGAGGAAGGAUCCUACCAUGCGCAUCUAGAAAGGCUGGUCCAGAACCUGCUAGACGAGGCCAAAGAUAAGAGCAAAGGCUGGGUGUCUCGCUCAACUACUGACCAUACAGAACUGGCAUUUAAAAAGGUGGGAGAUGGUAACCCUCUAAGGCGGUGGCGAGUGUGCUUCGAGGUGUCAGCGACUCCCACUGAGGUGCUGCAUCGGCUGCUGAGAGAGCGCCCCCUAUGGCAGACUGAGCUACAGCAGGAGAAGGUUCUGGAGACACUGGAUAAACAGACAGACGUGUACCAGUACUCCUGCCAAAACAUGGCACCUCAACCCAGCUGUGACUACGUGGUACUAAGAUCAUGGCGCACAGACCCGUGUAAAGGCUCCUGCACGCUGGUGUGCGUCUCCGUCGAACAUGAUGACAGUCCACGCAUGGGAGCAGUGAGAGGGGUGGUGCUGGAGUCACAUUACCUCCUCGAGCCCUGUGGGACUGGGAGGACCAGGCUCACGCACAUCUCCAGAGUGGACCUCAGGGGAAGGUCUCCAGAAUGGUACAACAAGGCUUUUGGUCACCUGUGUGUUAAUGAAGCCCAGAUGAUCCGCUCCUCUUUUUUUCACUCGCUGGAUCAGACUAGCACUGAGGCCAAGAUCUGAACCCCAGACAUCAAGCCUUAUCCUGGGGCACACUUCCAGAGCAGCUGGGCCUGAGAAGCAGUGACCCAGGAUGCGAAUCAUCCAGGCAGUGGACUUUCAGUGGUGUUCUUUCAGGCUGCUGAGCCACGCUGAGCUCGACUGUACCAUACUGUACUGGGUUAUAGUCAUUCAUUCACAUACAGAGAAGGGAAGGAAGACUGUUUUUCUACUACUACUACUUAUUUAUUUCAUAAAUUAUGAUUUUCCAGGCACAUUUUCUAAAUAUGAAACAACUAAUUUGAUUUUCUUUGAGUAGACAUUGAUGUUUCAUAUAAUUGGCUCAUAACAAUGUGCAUUAUGGGAAGAAUGAGGUUGCGUAGACAAAGAGUAUUUUCAGUAUUUAUUGCUCUUGUACCUUUCAAAGAACGAUGGCAGCCAGCACCAGCAGGUGUGACAUGAGACUGUUUGUAGUGUUUGGGUUAAUGUUUACUCUGCAACACAAACAUGAUAUCACUUUCUUAAUCAUUGUAAUGGAGUAUCUACCAAAGGCAUGCACAUAACUGGACCUAAUAUUGUGGUGUGUACAAACAAAAAUGGCAUAAAAGUUAAAGUAGAAUAUCUGUAUUUAUAUUUGUAUUGAUGAAUUUGGGAAAUCUAUUUUAACCCCAUCUCUUCAAAUUUCACAUUUUACACCUGCUAGUGGAAUAUACAUUUAUUUGGUUGAAACAAUUUUUUAAAAGACCUGAAAAGGCGGGGACACAUCCAUCCAUCCAUCUAUCCAUUAUCUGUAAGCGCUUAUCGUCAUCGGAGUCGCAGGGGGCUGGAGCCUCUCACAGCUGACUUAGGGUUAGAGGCGACUCUCCAACUUUUUUACUCUUCUUACAAAAGCACUUAUCCUACACUUCUUCUAUGAGUAAAGAUGCAUAAAUCGCAGUGCUUCCUGUCCUCAGGAAUGACCAGGACCAGUACAGUAUGGGUACACAUCAGCAUUUCGUUGUGAAGAGAGCACACAAGGAAUCUGGAUCACAGAAACACUCAUCGGGUCCAUAAAUGUUCUCCAACCCUGUUAUGGAUACAUUUUGUUGGAUAUCACUGUUCAUUUAAUUCUCUGUCACUAUUUUUAAUGUUAAUCUUAUCGAAAUGUUAUUUUAACGUUAUUAUUGUCAUUAUAUCGCUGUAUAUGUUAUCACUUUGCUUGUUUGUUUGUUUGUUUUUUUGCUGUCAUGUUAUACAAUGUCUAAGACAUGUGACCAUUUCACUGCUUCUGGGAAGCAUGUUUGAAAUUGUGUGUGCGUGCGUGUGUGCGCGUGUGUGUGCAUGAAUGUGCCCGUGUAUCUGCAUUUUACAUAUGCCUACAGCCUGUAUUGUAAAUAUAUAUGACGCUUUCUGUGCCAGCAGAUCAAACAUCAUAGCUUUUGAGGGACUUCCUAUCAUAUUGAUAUGCUGAAAUGUGAACUUCUCACACGCCAUCCUACUAAAGCAAUAGCAGACUAGAAGCUCGCUCAGCCAUGGCACCGCCUUGGCUUUUUUUGUUGUUUCGUCUGUAGGCAGCGUUGCUAUGGUGUUGCUAUGAUACAAUAUCUCUACAGUGCCACCUAACUCCUGCGUGGUCGCUGUUUUUUUUCUGGAGAGUAGUGUGGCAUGUGUGCGUAUGUGUGUGUAAAUAUGUGUGUAUGAGAGAGACUAAAAGACAAAAGUGUGAGUGACUCUGACGUGAGCCGUCAACUGUGUGGGUGGAUGGAGGCUCCAAACCUAGCUGAGUAGCUGAGACCAGGUCUGCUUGGUUAUUUCUGACAAAGUGUCAGAGAACAGAACUGUUGUUUCUAAACAAGAGAAUAAAAAAUCUGAGAAAUCAA